CCGCCUGUCAGCGCCUCUCACCAGACUUGGCGCGCACUAACCAGAGAGGAGUGGGUUGGUUGAGUCUCUCUAGCGCGAACGACGGUGCUAUGCUUAACUCUCGCGCUCUGGACUAUUCGAUGGAUUAUACAAUGGACGGCCAUCCCCGGGACGUGCUGAAGAAGGACAGGCAGCUCAGCCUGGUCCAGGACGACCGCCACGACAGCGGCUUGGACUCCAUGAAGGAGGAGGAGUACGACCAGUUGGUCAGGGAGCUGGAGGACAUCCGCCUCCAGCCCAAGGAAGCCUGCACGGCCCUGCAAAGUAGCCCCUGUCCGCCGGCCCAGGCAUGGAAGGAGCAAGUGACCGAAGACGGAGACACAUUUCUCCAUCUGGCCAUUAUUCAUGAAGAAAAGACUUUGAGUUUGGAAAUCGUUCGCCAGACAGGAUGUGACAAAGUCUUCCUGAAUUUCCAGAAUAAGCUAGGCCAGACUCCACUUCACUUGGCCAUGAUCACAGAUCAGCCAGAAAUUGCUGAGACUCUUCUGAAAGCCGGAUGUAACCCAGAAAUCAGAGACUUCCGAGGAAACACACCACUGCAUAUCGCUUGUGAGCAGGGAUCUCUGAGGGGUGUCGGUGUUCUUACACAGUACUCUCAUCACCACCACCUCAACUCUCUUCUACACAUGCACAACUAUAAUGGACACACAUGUCUCCAUUUGGCAUCUAUUCAAGGGUAUCUGGCCAUCGUUGAAUGUCUCUUGUCCUUAGGAGUGGAUGUCAAUGCUAAGGAACCAUGCAAUGGUAGAACUGCCUUGCAUCUGGCUGUAGAUCUGCAGAAUCAAGAACUGGUGUCACUCUUGUUAAAAUAUGGCGCAGAUGCAAACAAAGUCACCUACCAGGGGUAUUCUCCAUACCAGCUCACUUGGGGAAGAAAUAACUCUGUCAUACAAGAACAGCUGAAACCAUUUACUACACUGGAACUACAGAUGCUGCCUGAAAGUGAAGAUGAAGAUAGCUGUGAAUCAGAAUCUGAGUUCACUGAGGAUGAACGUCUGUAUGAUGACUGCGUUAUUGGAGGACGAUUUGUGCCUUGUUAAAGCGAGAGCAUUGCAAACAAAAUGUGAACAAUUACUGAACUAUCACACUGCACAGAAUGGACUGUGUUGUAAAAACAACACGUAUUGCAGUUUGAGCAUGAAUUCUGGUUGUCAGACACCUGGAGAAACUGAGGCUCUUCUGUACUAAAGAAUUGAUUGUCCAAAUAAAUGAGCAGAAUGAGAACUGGAGGGUCCAGCUACAUAUUCACUCAGUGCUCCACAAAAGGGCUGGCCAGAUUCAUGCCAUCCUUUGGGAAGACAUUCCAUAUGCGUCCACCAGGCUGCUGAAACACAUCCCAGAGACUGAGGUCAGGUGUGCUUUGUGGUGCACAGUAGGCAAAGGCAUAUUGCGGCCCAAAGAAUAUCCUGUUGUCCCCUGACAGGAAAGUGAUCAAUAGUAUCUAGACUGUAUAUUGUAAGCCCCUGUGCUUUUCAAUAUGUAUAUUAUGUAUAUAUUGUAAAUUUUGUGAAUAAUUUUUUGGUACUUGCAAGAUGUAUAUUUAUUUUUUAAAAAUGAAAAAUGCACUGGAUUGGUGAAAA